CCACGGAAACAGUGUGAUGUAUUUCCGGUGCCUGGAACUUGAAGAAAUACAGCGCCUGUGUCCAAAUAUAAUACGAAUUUUGCCUAUGUUUUAAUUUAAGAGUGUACCUUUUUGGUACACGUGAUAUUUUUUUCAAUUACUCACUGUCAGCAAUUACCAUUGCUUUACUCUGCUUGAAACAUCAUCAUGGAUAUUUCGACACCUCCAGAAGACCAAGAGCUGAGAAAUGUCAUCGACAAACUGGCUCAAUUUGUUGCUCGCAAUGGUCCUGAGUUUGAAAAGAUGACCAUGGAGAAACAAAAGGAUAAUCCUAAAUUUUCCUUCUUAUUCGGGGGAGAGUUCUUUGGAUACUACAAGUACAAACUUGCCAUUGAACAGCAACAGCAUUCUUCCACACACGAGUGUGAAGAGUAUAAUUUGGAAGUGAUGUGCAAACCCCCUGGGAAGGAGAUCCCAGAUGUGCCACCACCCAUCACCAUGCUGCCUCCACCACCCAUCCCUCCUGCCACUCCCGCUGUGGACGACCUGAUCCAGCAGAGCACGUGGAACCUGCAGCAACAGGAACAGCACCUCAACACACUUAGACAGGAGCAAGUGACGGCGGCCAUUACUCUGGCAAUGGAGCAACAGACGCAGAAGCUGCUUGCUGAGUCUCAGCUGGACAUGGGAGAGUUUGAGAACCUUCUACUGCCAAUCAUCGACACCUGCACAAAAGAUGCCAUCUCAGCUGGUAAAAACUGGAUGUUCAAUAACGCUAAGUCCCCUCCGCACUGCGAGCUGAUGUGCUCCUUCCUCCGCAAUCGCAUCACGGCAGAGACGGCCCACUUUGAGCUUCGCCUCCACCUCAUCUAUCUGACCAACGACGUCCUCCAUCACUGUCAGAGGAAGCAGCAGCGAGAUCUGCUGGCUGCUCUUCAGAAGGUGGUGGUGCCCAUCUACUGCACAAGCUUCCUGGCUGUGGAGGAGGACAAACAGCAGAAAAUAACACGGUUACUGCAGCUGUGGGAAAAGAAUGGGUACUUUGAUGACCUCACUAUCCAGCAGCUCAAAAACCCAGCUGUGGGACUGGGGCAGUACCAGGCCUCGUUGAUCACGGAGUACGCCGGCGUGGUGCAGCCCGUCCAGCUGGCCUUCCAGCAGCAGAUUCAGACCCUCAAGACACAGCAUGAGGAAUUCAUUGCCAACCUGAAGCAGCAGCAGACGGUGGCAGUGGCAGCGGCGGCAGCGGCGGUCGGGCAGUUGACCCCAGCGGACGGAGAAGGAAAGUCACAAGGAGCGCCACUUACCUCCCAGCCAGGUGAACCUCACAGACCGAGAGGUGAGGGUAAGCCCCCUAUGGCGGGCCCACCUCCUGGAGAUUAUGAUGGCACUCCCUCCAGACCCCCGGACUCCUCCAACUCUAGCGGCCCCUCUGACAUUCCAUCAUCCAAGCCUGGCUGGUUCGAUCCCCAGCACAACAUGCCAUCCUGGAACCCACAGCAGCCCCCUCCAUUCGACCCUACUCAGGCCCCACCGCCCUGUCCCCCGUGGAACAGCCACGAGGGCAUGUGGAAUGAGCAGAGGGACCCCAGCUGGAGUGGCUCCCGAGAUGGGGGCCCGUGGAGCGGCCAGUCGGAGGCCCCUCCCUCCUGGAGCGGCCAGUACGACCAGCCGCCCUGGAGCAACCAGCCGGAUCAGCCCCCCUGGGGUCAGAGGGAGCCCCCGUUCAGGAUGCAGCGCCCCCCACACUUCAGGGGCCCCUUCCCACCCCACCAGCAGCCCCCGCCUUUCAACCAACCCCCUCCGCCACACAACUUUGGCCGCUUCCCGCCACGGUUCAUGCAGGAUGAUUUCCCACCGCGGCACCACUUUGAUAGACCCCCGUACCCCCCACAUCGCUUCGAUUACCCUCAAGGAGACUUCCAAGGAGACAUCGGGCCACCACCACCUCAUCACCACCCCAGUCAGAGGAUACCGCCUCCAGGAAUGGCUGAACAUCCACCGUGGGGCGGCGGCAACCAGCACCCUGACUUCGGUCCCCCGCCCCAUGGCUUCAACGGCCAGUCCCCAGUCCACAUGAGACGCCCAGCCCCCGCACACGUCAGCCAGGACGACCCCAGUCUAGUGCCCAACGUCCCCUACUUCGACCUGCCAGCUGGCCUGAUGGCUCCGUUAGUAAAGCUAGAAGACCAUGACUACAAGGCUCUGGAUCCCAAAGACAUCCGCCUACCACCACCCAUGCCCCCUAGUGAGCGGCUCCUGGCUGCAGUCGAGGCCUUCUACAGCCCCCCAUCACAUGACAGACCCAGAAACAGUGAGGGCUGGGAACAGAAUGGCCUGUACGAGUUCUUCAGAGCAAAGAUGAGAGCGAGGAGGAAAAAGGAACAAGAGAAACGCAACAGCAUGCGAGGCAGCCGGUCCCGCAGUCGUUCUCGCAGCAGGGGGCGCUCUUCGUCACGUUCUAGUUCUAGGUCUUCCAAGUCCUCACGGUCCUACUCCAGGUCCCGGUCCCGCUCCCGUUCCAGAUCCUACUCUCGAUCCAGAUCCAGAAGCAGAAGUCGGUCACACUCGUCGCGCAGUCGUUCCCGGUCCCGGUCUCACUCCCGAUCACCAGACAAGAAACACCAGGCCGGUUUGGUCAGUGUGACAGGGGUGACAGGUGUGACCGGUGUGAAGUCUCGCAGCCCCACUCCCCCCUCGACGUCUGGCCUUGGUACGGGGUCAUCGGUGCCUGUGGAUUCGCGGCUCGGAGAGGAGAACAAGGGGCAUCAGAUGCUCAUGAAGAUGGGUUGGAGUGGUUCUGGAGGACUCGGAGCCAAGGAGCAGGGCAUCCAGGACCCCAUCAAAGGGGGAGAUAUACGGGACAAGUGGGAUCAGUACAAGGGCGUGGGGGUAUCGCUGGAUGACCCAUAUGAGAACUACCGCAGGAACAAAAGCUACAACUUUGUGGCCCGGAUGAAAGCCAGAGAAGAAGGUACGAGUCCUUCUGUCAAUCGGGAACCGCAGGAGCCUCCACCAACAGAAUGAUGGAAAUCAUCAAUUUCAAACCCCAUCCAUUUUUUUUAAGCCUGAACACUGGUACAGUUGUCAUUCAUGAAUGUCCCCCCCCUCUUGCUCUUGUGCUGAAUGACAAGGAACUUGUGUAAAAAAAAAAAAAAAUCGGACUUUUGUGUUGUAGUGUUCUGUUUUCUAGUUAAAAGCCGUAGUGGAAAGAAGAUGUUUUAAACCCAUGUAUUCACAUCAGGAUUUCACCCUAGUAAUUCCACAAAACGACGAAUAAAAAUAUUUUUAAAAUCAUG